AUGGACAUUGACGACAUUCUCGCCUCGGUCGAUCGCGGCCCAGGCGCCAGCCGAGAGUCAGCAGCGCUGGACCACCAGCUCCUGACGCGCUUCUGGGUCGCCGAACGCGCCGUCUCGGAGGUUCUACCCUGGCCCGCACCACUGAUGGAGCGCAUGAUGGACCGAGUGCGGAUGCAGAUCGAAACAAUCGAAGAUCUCGCCGCCUCAUCAGGCGACACAGACCUCCAAAAAACAACCAACACCCACAACCCGAACCUCAACCUCCGCCUCUCAAUCCUCCAAACCGACCUCGCACGCACACAAUACAUAAUCCGCAGUCUGCUGCGCGCACGACUAGCCAAGAUAACGAAAUAUAGCAUGCACUACCUACAACCGGAAGACUCCAUCCCUGAUAUAUCCUCGUCAGACGAUCUAACGCCGCUUUCGGAGCCAGAGGCUGCAUUCUUGCAUUCGCAUCAGACUCUGUUGGCGGGCCACUAUGCGGGGUCGUUUAUGGGUGCGUUCCCGCGGCAGUUGAGGCGGUUGGAUGAUAAUGCCGGCGGAACGAGUAUGAUCCAGGGACCGGAGUUGCGGGAGGUUGUUUUUGUGCGAUGUUUGGGGGUUGAGGUUCCUGUUGUUGUUGGGGGUGAGGAGGAUGGCGGUGACUUUGGGGUUACGAUGCGCAUGGGGGAUGUUUGGGUUGUUAGGUGGGAAGGGGUUAAGGCUGCUUGGGGGAAAGGAGAGGUUGAAUUGUUGUGA